UGCAGACGAGACAAGUCUCUCUGUUUCUCUCGAAAGAGACAUUCAGCUUUAUCCAGCAGCCGAAUCUCCGCCAAACACUGAGUGCCGAUAUGUCUGCUGUCAGCUGUCUGCUGACUGAAGAUCAGUUUCUCUGCUCCAUCUGUCUGGAUGUGUUCACUGAUCCAGUCACCAUACCAUGUGGACACAACUUCUGUAAAACCUGCAUCACUAAACACUGGAAUAUUAAUGUCCCGUGUCAGUGUCCCAACUGUAAAGAGGUUUUUAACAAAAAACCUGAGCUGCAGGUCAACACUUUCAUCUCUGAGAUGGCUGCUCAUUUCAGACAGUCAGCUCAACAGGAAGCCAGCAGCAGAAGCACUUUCUCAGGAUUCAAAAAGAAGACCUGGAUGUUCUUCCUGGUGUGUCUGAUGUGUGUCUUCAUUUCCUGGAUGGUGUCAGAACAAAAGAAACAUGAUUUUGUGAAAGAAGAAUAUGAAGGGAAGAAGAUCAAGCAGUGGAAGACAGGGCCUGAAAUUCUGCAGAUGAUCCAGAAGGAGCUCAAACACUCAAUGGAGCUCAGCAAGGAAGACACAAACAGACAGAUCUUAAUCGCUGUGAAGGAGUCUUUCGAGAGAAGCCAGGCCGAGCUCAUCGAGACGAUCAAAGAGAAACAGAAAACAACAGAGAAACUGGCUGAAGGCUUCAACAACGAUAUGAAACAGGAAAUAUCUGAGCUGAAGAAGAGAAGCACUGAGGUGGAGAAGUUUUACAAAGUUCAGCUGGAAAAACUCAGUGAACAGAUCAUGAAACUGCUCCCUGAGUCUGAUCUGAAGAGGGUCCAGCAGUAUGAAGUGGAUGUGAGUCUUGAUCCUGAUACAGCACAUCCUAGACUCAUCCUGUCUGAAGAUGGAAAACAAGUACAUGAUAGUGAUGUGACGAAGAAUCUCCCAGACAACCCAGAAAGAUAUGAGAAACAUGUUUUUGUCUUGGCAAAGCAGAGUUUCUCUUCAGGAAGAUUUUAUUACGAGGUUCAGGUUAAAGGAAAGACUGCGUGGUUAUUUGGAAUGGCCAGAGAGUCGAUCAACAGGAAGGGACAAAUCACAGUGAGCCCUCAGGAUGGUUACUGGUCUAUAUGGUUGGGGAAUGCCAAUGAGUACAGAGCACUUGAUGACCCUGCAGUCCUUCUCUCUCUGAAGUCUCAGCCUCAGAAGGUGGGGGUGUUUGUGGAUUAUGAGGAGGGUCUGGUCUCCUUUUAUGACGUUGAUGCUGAAGCUCUUAUCUACUCCUUUACUGGCUGCUCCUUCACUGAGAAACUCUACCCAUUCUUCAGUCCCUGUCUUAAUGAUGAUGGUCAAAACUCUGCCCCUCUGAUCAUCUCUCCUGUCAGUCACUGAGUAGAACAACUAUUUGAUUUUCUAGAUUCACUUUCAUUUAAUGUAAUACAUGUAUAUUUACUGUUGAUGGUAGGUGUACAUAUACUCAGGCUUUAAAUUCAGGGGGAAUGUGCAAUGUAUUGGUGUAUACUGUUCUGAGUGUAUGGAUCUGUGUGUGUUACUGAAUGUUAACUGUAAUUUGUUUGUACAUGUAUCCUGAUUAGGGCUGGGUAUUGCCAAAGAUUUUGCGAUUUGAAUACAUUUUUGAUUCAAUAUCAAUUCUAUCAAAUUUUAGUUACAAUACCAAUUUUGCUUGGAUAUGAAAGAAGGAAAAGAAGCAACCCUUAAGUAAAUUGUGAGUUCAUGGAAAACACAAGACUUUCACCUGGGAAAAGGGUGUUUGUGUCCCAGGAGUACUAUUUAAGGGGACCAGUGUUUUAACACAAAUCACAAUCUUUUUUUCUAAUCUUAAAGUGUUCAUAUUAUGCUUUUUGGC